UCUCACCACAACCAUCAUCGCUUGAACAGUAAGCAGGACAGCAUCAAGAAGACACCAACGAGCUAGUUCCGGUAAGAGCGAUGUCGAUGACGAGGGGUGCAAUGGUUGCCGCCGUCGCCUUGGUCGCCCUCCUCCUCUUCCCCGCCACCUUCGCAUUUCCUCCGGCUGGGCAGCAGCAGCUGGACCCGCACUUCUACGACCACUCGUGCCCUCAGGCGCAGCAGAUCGUGGCGUCCAUCGUCGGCAAGGCGCACGCCCAGGACCCCCGCAUGGCCGCCUCCCUCCUCCGCCUCCAUUUUCACGACUGCUUCGUCAAGGGAUGCGACGCGUCGAUCCUGCUGGACAGCAGCGCGUCGGUGGUGAGCGAGAAGCGGUCCAACCCGAACAAGGACUCGGCGAGAGGGUUCGAGGUGGUGGACGAGAUCAAGGCCGCGCUGGAGGCCGCCUGCCCUCGCACCGUCUCCUGCGCCGACGUCCUCGCCCUCGCCGCGCGCGACUCCACCGUCAUGACCGGCGGCCCAGGCUGGAUGGUGCCUCUUGGUAGGAGAGACUCUUUGGGCGCCAGCAUCCAGGGCUCCAACAAUGACAUCCCCGCUCCCAACAAUACCCUCCCCACCAUCAUCACCAAGUUCAAGCUCCAGGGCCUUGACAUCGUCGACCUCGUCGCUCUCCUCGGUAGCCACACCAUUGGCGACUCGCGGUGCACGAGCUUCCGUCAGCGGCUGUACAACCAGACGGGCAAAGGCCUCCCAGACUCCACCCUGGACCCGGCGGCGGCGGCGGUGCUGCGCCCGCGGUGCCCGCGCUCCGGCGGCGACCAGAACCUCUUCUUUCUGGACCACGUGACGCCAUUCAAGUUCGACAACCAGUACUACAAGAACCUGCUGGUGCACCAAGGCCUGCUCAGCUCCGACGAGGUGCUCUUCACCGGCAGCCCAGCCACCGCGGAACUCGUCAAGCUCUACGCCGCCAGCCAGGACAUCUUCUUCCAGCACUUCGCGCAGUCCAUGGUGAAUAUGGGCAACAUCUCGCCAAUCACUGGCCGCAACGGCCAGAUCAGGAGCAACUGCAGGAGGGUUAACCACAACUGAUCAAUCAGUUGGAUGAUCCAUCUUGAGCUAGUGGAGUGGUCUGGUUGUUUCUGCAGGUUAAUUAUUUGCCGUUUUCAGUUCGUGCGCGUGCCUUUUGCUGCGAUUUCUUGUUUCCGUUUAAUUUGUAUAUGCGAUUCGUCCUUGUGUACUUUUGUGAGGGAAUUAAUUAUUUGUGUUUAUUUAGAGGA